GAGCGGCAGAGUGGAAACGGUCACACCACUAUGGAUGCGUCCUGCUCGAUAUUUUUAAAACUCUUCUUUUGGUGGUAGUGUAAUGUAGACUUCAAGGGAUUCGAUUUUUCAAAGGGAUUAUUGUUAUUUUUUCUUUGAAGUGGUAAACUUUAACAACCACUUUUUAAAUCGUAAGGGAAUCAAACCGCCAUAAUGAAUGAUAUUAAACUUGCGGUUUUGGGAGGCGAAGGAGUCGGGAAAUCAGCUCUCAUCGUUCGAUUCCUGACGAGGCGAUUUAUCGGCGAAUAUGCCUCAUCAUCAGAAUGCAUAUACAGGAAGCGUCUGUCUAUUGAUGGAAGACAGCUGAAUCUAGAACUCUAUGAUCCAUGCUCACAGGCCUGUGAGGGGAAGUCGACUCUGACCGACCAGAUCCACUGGGCUGAUGGCUUCGUAGUGGUCUAUGACAUCAGUGACCGCUCCUCCUUCAUCAAGGCUAAAGCCAUAGUACACCUGAUCAGAGAGUUAAACCUGGGAGUGGCCAAGAGGGAUGCAGACACUCUGGUGUUCCUGGUGGGUAACAAGCAGGACCUGUGUCACGUGAGGGAGGUGCGUCGAGAGGAAGGCCAGCGUCUGGCAGCCGAUUCCCAGACCCAGUUCUACGAGCUCUCAGCCGCAGAACACUACCAGGAAGUGGUCCUCAUGUUCUCGAAGAUGGUCCACAAUGCCAGCCUUGGGGGCAAGGCCAAGGAGAGGAGACGGAGACCUAGUGGCUCCAAGUCCAUGGCCAAACUCAUCACUAAUGUCUUCGGGAAGCGGAGGAAAUCAGUGUGA